AGAGAUCCUGAAGGAGCUGGACGAGCUGGACGGGAGGUUCCGCCGUGAGGCGGACGGCGUGCAGAGGCGGCGCGUGCUGCACUGCAUCCAGCGGGCGCUGAUCCGCAGCCAGGAGCUGGGCGACGAGAAGAUCCAGAUUGUCAGCCAGAUGGUGGAGCUGGUGGAGAACCGCACCCGGCAGGUGGACAGUCACGUGGAGCUCUUCGAGGCGCACCAGGACUUGGGGGACGCGGGUGGCAACAGUGGCAAAGGCAGCGGGGACAAGGGCAAGGGCGAGACAGUCACCCCCUCCGAGAAGCCCAACAAUAAGCGGUCACGGCGGCAGCGCAACAACGAGAACCGGGAGAACGCGGCCAACCAUCACGACCACGACGACCUCGGCGCGGGCACCCCCAAGGAGAAGAAGGCCAAGGCCUCCAAGAAGAAGAAGCGCUCCAAGGCCAAGGCCGAGAGGGAGGCGUCCCCUGCAGACCUGCCCAUCGACCCCAAUGAGCCCACCUACUGCCUGUGCGACCAGGUCUCCUACGGAGAGAUGAUCGGCUGUGACAACGACGAGUGCCCCAUCGAGUGGUUCCACUUCUCCUGCGUGGGGCUCAGCCAUAAACCCAAGGGCAAGUGGUACUGUCCCCGGUGCCGGGGCGAGAGCGAGAAGACCAUGGACAAGGCGCUGGAGAAGUCCAAGAAGGAGAGGGCCUACAGCAGGUAGUGGGCUCCAGAGCGCCCAGCGCCG